GGUCCGGGAGCGCCGCCGCGCCGUGUCCAUGGACUAGCCGAGGCGGCGGAGGGACCCCCGACUACGCCGACCGCCGCCUCGCCCUCCGCCCAACUUGGGGAAACUUGGCGAGCAGGCUGCUGCCCCCGACGCUCUGCUAUAGAAGAUGCACUAUUAUCGAUAUUCUAAUGCAGAAGUCAGCUGUUGGUACAAAUACCUGCUCUUCAGCUACAACAUUGUCUUCUGGCUAGCUGGGGUGGCCUUCCUUGCAGCUGGUCUGUGGGCAUGGAGUGAAAAGGGUGUAUUGUCUGAUCUGACGAAGGUGACUGGUCUUCAUGGUCUGGACCCAGUGGUGCUUGUCUUAGUGGUGGGAAUAGUGAUGUUUACUUUGGGAUUUGCUGGUUGUGUAGGAGCACUGAGAGAAAACAUCUGCCUUCUGAAGUUUUUCUGUGGAGCAAUUGUGUUUAUAUUCCUGCUGGAGCUGGCAGUGGCAGUUCUGGCUUUUCUGUUCCAGGACUGGGUGAGGGACAGGGUCAAGGAAUUCUUUGAGAAUAACAUUAAAUCCUACCGAGACGAUAUUGACCUCCAGAACCUCAUUGAUUCGCUACAAAAAAUUAACCAUUGCUGUGGUGCCCAAGGUCCAGAUGACUGGGACUUUAACAUAUACUUUAACUGCAGCAGUGAAAGCAAAAGUCGUGAGAAGUGCGGUGUUCCUUUUUCCUGUUGUAUACCUGAUCCUGCUCAAAAAGUUGUGAAUACACAGUGUGGCUAUGAUGUCAGAAAGAAGAGCAAGAGUCAAUGGGAUGAUCAGAUUUUUGUCAAAGGAUGUAUUCUUGCUCUGGAAGCUUGGUUACCCCGAAAUAUCUACAUUGUUGCAGGUGUCUUCAUAGCUAUCUCACUGCUCCAGAUUUUUGGGAUUUUCCUAGCCAGGACAUUGAUUUCUGAUAUUGAAGCUGUAAAGGCAGGUAAUGCCUUCUGAAUAUAAAAGCAGACGUGUUGCAAAAAAGUAUGUUUUACGGUUAUUGGUUGGACGUGAAGGUGGAAGAAAUGAACAGACUAUGAAAUACUCCUGUUAUUAAAAGCCUUAUGUGGAUUUUACCCUGCUCAUGCUUUUUGUUAGAAGCUGGUACAAAAAAAAAACCAAACCCUCCGAACACACACCUGUCUACCUUUUUUCUAACAAGACAACUCGGUGCACCAGCAUUGAUCUCUGAGGAAGAAAUGGGAUUUCCCAAGACAGCAGAACAGAUUUUAAAGAUCGUAGCAAGGAGAGAUGAAACUGCUGUAAACUUUCCUUGAAGGAUUACUGUGAAGACUGUUCUAUUUUCACUCCCAACUGUCACCAGUCUCAAAAUGUAAUCUUUUCAGAAGGCGUGCUGAUUGCUUCAGAAUCUUGAAAUGUUUUUAAUCUCUACAGUAGACGUGUGCAGUCAUUUUUUGGCAAAAUACCCAGCAACCAUAAUCGUCAUGGUAUUGGAAAUUGGGAAAAAGUCAUAAAUUGUCUAGUUCUUUAAUUGAUUUUCAGUUGUGCAGAAGUAGGGAUAUUUGUUUGACUGGGAAUAAUGUAGAUGUCUCGGGAGCAGGAACUUGUGCUCAGCAUCAGAGCUUGAGUAACCCAUGUUUCAAAAUGCAAGCCUUUUCUCAAGAGGGGAAAAGUCUGACUAUCUGUAGCAUUAUAUGUUAGAAAUCUCCAUUUCGGGCAAGGGAGUGUGAAUC